AUGCCCAGGGCCCCGCGGAACCACAGCAAGACCUACAAGGUCCCUCGUCGUCCCUUCGAGUCGGCUCGUCUCGAUGCUGAGCUGAAGCUCGCGGGCGAGUACGGUCUCCGCAACAAGCGCGAGAUCUGGCGCAUUGGUCUCAUCCUGUCCAAGAUUCGUCGUGCUGCCCGUGAGCUCCUCAAGCUCGAUGACAAGGACCCCAAGCGUCUCUUCGAGGGCAACGCCCUCAUUCGCCGUCUCGUGCGCAUCGGUGUGCUCGACGAGUCCCGCAUGCGUCUCGAUUACGUGCUGUCCCUGAAGAUCGAGGACUUCUUGGAGCGUCGCCUGCAGACCCAGGUCUUCAAGAGCGGCCUUGCCAAGUCUAUCCACCACGCUCGUGUCCUCAUCAGGCAGCGUCACAUCCGCGUUGGCAAGCAGAUCGUCAACGUCCCCUCGUUCGUCGUCCGUCUGGACUCCCAAAAGCACAUCGACUUCGCCCUCACCUCGCCAUACGGCGGUGGACGCCCCGGCCGUGUCAAGCGCAAGCGCGUGGCCGCUGCUGCCAAGAAGGAGGAGGGUGGCGACGAGGAGGACGAGGAGUAAACGCCAACUCACCACCAUUUUAUCGCUGUAUGUUCAUCAUCUAUGGGGUCCACCUCUGUAUGGCCGCGUAUGCAAAGUGUAUGCGUUUAGCACAUCCCAGCGUGCUAUCACGCCCUGUGUACUAUCAGGUUCAGGACUCGAAUUGCGUUGCGGCGUCUUCC